UAGGCGGAGUCUGUAACUGAACGGUGAGCUCUCUCCAGCUGUUAUUCUAUAACCAACACCUGGGCAAGAGGAAAGGAGUGGAGAGAAGGUUGUCCCUCAUUUGUUACGGUUAUCUACAGAGUUGAGUGGAGCAGUGACCAUGGAGACCACCAGGAGACGACCGCAGCACAGUGCCAAUGGGAAAAGAUCUGAACAGAAGGAGCAGCUAGCACAGUGGGGGAGAGCGUGGGAGGUGGACUGGUUUUCCCUCAUCAGUGUAAUCGGCCUCCUUUGCUUUGCCCCUUUCAUUGUCUUCUACUUUGUGAUGGCCUGUGAUCAGUAUGAGUGCUCCAUCACCCAGCCUGUGUUGGAUCUGUACCAAGGAGAGGCCACCCUGCUCUCCAUUUGGGCCCGGGCACCCUCCUUCUCGUGGUCAGCUGCUAAGAUCUAUGCCAUCUGGGUGAGCUUCCAGGUGUUCCUGUACAUGUGUUUUCCUGAUAUUACCCACAAGUUCAUCCCUGGCUAUGUUGGUGGUGUGCAGGAAGGAGCACGAACCCCAGCUGGCCUGAUUAACAAGUAUGAGAUCAAUGGACUGCAGUGCUGGCUCAUCACUCAUGCACUGUGGUUUGCCAACGCACAUUAUUUCCACUGGUUUUCUCCCACGAUCAUAUUCGACAACUGGAUCCCCCUGCUGUGGUGCACUAACAUACUGGGCUAUGCUGUGUCCACCUUUGCUUUCAUAAAAGCGCAUCUUUUCCCCACCAACGCUGAGGACUGCAAGUUCACAGGGAACAUCUUCUAUAACUACAUGAUGGGUAUUGAGUUCAACCCCCGCAUAGGCAAGUGGUUUGACUUCAAGUUAUUCUUCAACGGCCGGCCCGGCAUCGUAGCCUGGACUCUAAUCAAUCUGUCCUACAUGGCCAAGCAACAAGAACUCUACGGUUACAUCACCAACUCUAUGAUCCUGGUGAAUGUACUGCAGGCUAUUUAUGUACUGGACUUCUUCUGGAAUGAGGCGUGGUACCUGAAGACCAUCGAUAUCUGUCAUGACCACUUUGGAUGGUAUCUGGGCUGGGGAGACUGUGUUUGGCUGCCAUACCUCUACACACUGCAGGGUCUGUACCUGGUGUACCACCCAGUCCAGCUCUCCGAUGCCCACGCCCUCGCCGUCUUGCUGCUCGGCCUCGUUGGGUAUUACAUCUUUCGCUCCACCAACCACCAGAAGGAUCUGUUCCGCCGCACAGAGGGCUCCUGCUCCAUCUGGGGCCGCAAACCAACAUGGAUUGAGUGCACAUAUCGCUCCGCCGAUGGCGGCAUGCACCGCAGCAAGCUCCUGACCUCAGGCUUCUGGGGCGUGGCCCGGCACUUCAACUACACCGGUGACCUGAUGGGCUCUCUGGCCUAUUGUGCCUCGUGUGGUUUCGGCCACAUACUUCCAUAUUUCUACAUUGUUUACAUGACUAUCUUGCUGGUCCACCGCUGUGUUCGCGAUGAACACCGCUGCAGCAGCAAGUAUGGCAAAGACUGGAAACGGUACACCGAUGCCGUGCCUUCCCGGCUCAUUCCUGGAGUGUUUUAGAGCGUGGAAGGGUUGGGGGAAUAAUGGGAGGAAGGAAGGGUGAGCGGGGAAAAGAUAAAUAAAUACAGAAAUUUUGAAAUGCUAUUAGGUUAGCAUGAUAAACAUGAAUUUUUACACAUCGGGAGUACAUCAUUGAACACUCUGCACAUGUGCUGUAUUUUUAUACAUGGUGCCUGUAUUACAUGUGUGUAUGCAGGCAGAGUAGAUGUAUUGCUGUAACUUUUGCCUCACUAAAGACAGUUUGAUGCAAA